UCUGUACCGCAAGGUGUAUUCGUUUGCAAACCGUCGAAGCAGCGGCUUUACCGUGUAGCUCGGACAGUUACAUACCGACGGCGAUUUUCCAUUCCCUGUCGAUUCCGGUGGACAUCGGUUUUGUCUGUGAUUGUGCGUGAAAGAGUAGUUUGUGCAACCGUGUCACUAUGAAGUACUUGCUACUUCUAGUACUGGGUGUGUUCCUGGUGUCAGGAAUUCACCACGUACGUGCGGAAGCCGAUGACGAUGAUGACACACUGCCAAGGGUGGACAAUAAUCUCGGCGCCUCGAAGGAAGGCUCACGAACCGAUGCGGAGGCGGUCAAGCGUGAAGAGGAAGCUAUUAAACUGGACGGUCUCAACGUGGCCCAGAUCAAGGAACUGCGGGAAAAGUCGGAAAAGUUUACCUUCCAGGCGGAGGUGAACCGGAUGAUGAAGCUGAUCAUUAACUCGCUGUAUCGCAAUAAGGAAAUUUUCCUGCGCGAGUUGAUCUCGAACGCAUCGGAUGCACUGGACAAGAUCCGUCUACUCUCGCUAACCGAUCCGUCGGUGCUGGACAGUAAUCGCAAUCUGGAAGUAAAGAUCAAGGCGGACAAGGAGGGCAAGGUGCUGCACAUCAUCGAUACCGGUAUCGGUAUGACGAAGCAGGAUCUGGUGAACAAUUUGGGUACGAUCGCAAAGUCUGGCACGGCUGAUUUCCUAUCAAAGAUGCAGGAGAAGGACAAGGCCGACGGGCAGGAUGUGAACGAUAUGAUCGGUCAGUUCGGUGUCGGUUUCUACUCGGCGUUCCUCGUGGCCGACCGGGUCGUUGUGACGACGAAGCACAACGAUGACAAACAGUACAUCUGGGAGUCGGAUGCGGCCAGCUUCAGUAUUGUGGAAGAUCCGCGCGGUAACACCCUGGAGCGUGGUUCCCAGGUCUCGUUGCAUCUGAAGGAGGAGGCUCUCGACUUCCUGGAGGACGAUACGGUCAAGCAGCUGAUCAAGAAAUACUCGCAGUUCAUUAACUUCCCGAUCUACAUGUGGACGAGCAAGGAGGUGGAGGAGGAGGUAGCCGUCGAGGAGGAAGCCACCGAAAAGCCGGCCGACACGAAGGAAGACAGCACAGACGAAGAGGAGGACGUGAAGGUCGAGGAGGAAGAGACGACCGACAGUGAUAAACCGAAGACGAAGAAGGUGAAGAAAACGGUCUGGAACUGGGAGAUCAUGAACGACAGCAAACCCAUCUGGACGCGCAAGGUGAGCGAAGUGACGGAUGAAGAGUACACCGAGUUCUACAAGAGCCUCACCAAGGACACGUCGGAACCGCUCACCCAAACGCACUUCAUCGCGGAAGGAGAGGUCACGUUCAAAUCGCUACUGUUCGUCCCGAAGGUGCAACCGUCGGAAAGUUUCAACAAGUACGGCUCGAAGGCGGACAACAUCAAGCUGUACGUGCGUCGGGUGUUCAUUACGGACGAGUUUAACGACAUGAUGCCGAAUUAUCUGAACUUUAUCCGUGGUGUGGUCGAUUCGGACGAUCUGCCGCUGAACGUGUCACGUGAAACGCUCCAGCAGCACAAACUGAUCAAGGUGAUCAAGAAGAAGCUGGUCCGCAAGGCGCUCGACAUGAUCAAGAAGAUCGACAAGGAGCAGUACGAGAAGUUCUGGAAGGAGUACUCCACCAACAUUAAGCUGGGCAUCAUGGAGGAUCCGAGCAAUCGAUCGCGGUUGGCCAAACUGCUCCGGUUCCAGUCGUCCUCGACGAAGAACAAGGAGUUCACCAGCCUAUCGGACUAUGUGACCCGCAUGAAGCCCAAACAGGACAACAUCUACUUCAUUGCCGGUCCGAACCGUGCCGAGAUUGAAAAGUCGCCGUUCGUUGAACGUUUGCUGUCGCGCGGAUACGAAGUGCUCUUCCUGGUGGAGGCCGUCGAUGAGUACAGCAUUUCGGCGCUUCCCGAGUUUGAUGGCAAGCGGUUCCAGAACGUCGCGAAGGAGGGUUUCACGCUGAACGAAUCGGAAGAAUCGAAGGCACGGUUCGAAGAGUUGAAGACAGAGUACGAGCCACUGCUGAAGUGGUUGAACGAUGUCGCGCUGAAGGACAAGAUUGCCAAAGCCCAGCUGUCCGAACGACUCGCCAACUCGCCCUGCGCACUGGUCGCAUCGAUGUUUGGCUGGACCGGCAACAUGGAACGAUUGGCACUGGCCAAUGCGCACCAGAAAACGGACGACCCUCAACGCCACUACUACCUGAAUCAGAAGAAAACGCUCGAAAUCAAUCCGCGUCAUCCGCUGAUGCGUGAACUGUUGCGCCGCGUCGAAGUGGACACGGACGAUCUCGUCGCGAAGGAUAUGGCAGUGCUGAUGUUCAACACGGCCACACUACGAUCGGGCUUCCAGAUUCCGGAAACGGCCGACUUUGCCGACAGCAUCGAGCGCAUGAUGCGCCAAACGUUGGGUGUAUCGCUGGACGAGCAGCCCGAGCAGGAAGUGUUCGUGGACGAACCGGCCGGAGACGAAGCGGCCGGUGCGGAUGAAGAAGAAGAGUCCAUCGAUGCCGAUGGCGAACAUGACGAGCUGUAAGCCAAGGCCUCAAACCGACGGACAAUCGAACCGCGCGACACGUGGAUGAUGUGGCCGCAUCAUUGUAUGACUGAAGGGAAAGUAAAUGUGUGUACGUGUGUAUUCUAUUGUAUGUAAGUGAUAUACAGAUGCAUGUGUGUGCGUGUAUGUGUGAAUUGUAACGUAAGGAUCCUAGAAUAGCGCAGGACAAACACUGAGGACUGAUGAGCUGCUGCUUCCCAUUCGUGGCCGUCCCGUUUGCUGGGAUGGGACACUCUGAAGAAGGUUCAAUUCAACCGAAAGAUCAACGGGCAUAGCAAACACAGAGCAGUAGGCAGCAUGUGACGAACAACAACACUCCGGAAGGACAAAUUUUAUUGUCCAUCCGAUCGUUCGAUCGAUUCAGAUCGAAGUGCCCGAAUCACAAACAAACAAAAGCACUACUAAAGUCGAAAACACUCCUUAUUGUAUGAUUAAGAGUUAGUAAUUUCCCUCCAUGUACGUUUGUUUUGCCUCUUUUGCGCAUUUUCGUUACAUCGUGAUUGUGUUCAAGUGCAAUUUAUACUUUGUUUUGCUCUGCACCAUUUGAAUGAUUGCCAUUCAGGAAUUGUAUAUGAACAAGAAAAAGAAAAGACUAUUAAAAUAUAUUUCCUGUUUUUUUUUGCACGAACAAACAACUACAAGAACAGCUAGAAGCGAAAAUAGUUUUAAUAAACAACAAAAGAAAAACAGAAGAUAGAAAAAGAAGUGAAAUAAAACGUAACAUUAUCAAACCGUAA